AAAAGGGGGGGACAUAUAAAUUCCUCCCCACAACCUCCGCAGCUGGAACUCUCCACUUAGUCGUCUGAAGAAAUCCCUGGACCCCCUAAAAUUAACCGUUCUGAUUCCAAACAUGCAUUUCCUCAAGCUUAUUUACGCUUCCCUCUUUGCUACUCUUGCCGCAUCGGCGACCAUUAAGGUGGACACGCAGCCUCCUUCAUUGGACAGGUGCUGGGACGCUGCGAAGAAUAUCGAUGAACUGCUGAACCUGUACGCUCAGCACGGUGACUCCUGGAUGGGGUCAUCAAGGGAUGCCAUCGGUCACAUUCUUCAAUCUAUCGCCGAAGCCGGAACAACCAUCAAGCAGGACUGUGACAAGCUGCAGACAAUUGGAGAGCAGUCGUCGUACCAGGAGGAGGAGCAGAACGCUGGAAACCUUUUCGGGAAGUUGUAAACUGUCAAGAUGGAGCGGUACACCAAGUCCCUUCGUCGGGAGCAAAUGUAUAAAUAUAAGUGUCGCUUCUAUUGAAUUUAUUCGUUGGUUAUCCUCUUGUAGUGACUGCACAACAUCACCGCAACUACAGCAUGUACACUUCACUCACUCCCGCGGCAGGAUGGCCCACCUUGAGUGGCAGUGCAUAUACUUGGACAAAAUGGAGCACUUGCCGCAUCGGAUCGCCAAGCCAUGUUGGGGCACUAGCCGU